CAUCGAUAUCCUUCUUGGUUUCUAUGACCUCUAACUCCCAAAAUCCCAAAUAAGACAAUUUUUGUUUUGCUCAUAAUUUAUAUACUCUCGCACAUUGAUAACAACGAGUGCCACUAGUUUUAAAAUAUGAUAGGAAUAAAUCUAAAUUUUGACUCAUCAGAUAAGCAUAAACAAACAUAACCUCAAAAAGUCAUGUCAACACGUGCAAAAUGACAACUCAAAGUGUCCAGGGCUUCACAGUUAUUCCUUUUUAUUUCUCAAGUGAUAGCACAGAUCAUCAUGACAUGUUUCUCAAAGAACACUCUGUUAGGAAUUUUGAGGAGAAGAAGCCCCCCGGGAAAACCCUUUUUGUUCUCAAUGUGCCCCCCUAUCUCACGGAAGAGCACAUGAAAGACGUAUUUUCUCCGGCUGGAAAAGUACAAUCAGUUAUGCUUCAAACAAGUGUAAAUGAGACUAAUGAAUUGUGCGGAUUUAAAAUAGCCUAUGUGGUGUUUACAAAACGUGAAAGUCUCUUAAAAGCAUUAAAAUUGGAGCGUUUGACUUUGUUAAAUUCAAGAAACGUUUUAUUAGGAGUAAGUAAAUGGAUUCACGAAUAUAAUUCAACGGUUUACAAUCAUGAAAAACUGAACGAAGAAGUGAACAAUUACAUUAAACAACAUGAAAAGGAAGAAGAGGAGAAGAAGUCGAGUGAGAAGCAAGAAGUAGAUGAUGAAGGGUGGACUGUAGUGACUAAAAAAGGGCGAAAUCCGGGUUUGUCUAGAAAGGAAAGUGUGGAAAAUAAACUAAUAAAGAAAAACAAAAUCAAGUCUAAGAAGAAAGAACUGAAGAAUUUCUACACCUUCCAGUUGAAGGAACAGAAAAUGAACAACAUAAUCGCGCUAAGGAAGAGUUUCCAAGAAUCAAAGGAAAAGGUGAAUUUGAUGAAGAAAAUGCGAAAUUUUAAGCCGUUUUAAUCGUGGAAUAAAAAUUUAUUUAGACUCUU